AUGAGCGCCGACCCUGAGAGAGAACAUGCGCUGGACGGAUACAAGACCAAGCUGCUAGAGUCAAGAGAAUGGGAGGCAAAGCUCAAGGCGCUGCGGUUAGAGAUCAAGGGCUUGCAACACGACUUUGACGUCUCCGAGGACAACAUCAAAGCCCUGCAGAGCGUUGGUCAGAUUAUCGGCGAGGUCCUGAAGCAGCUGGACGAGGAGAGAUGUGAGAUUCAUCCUUCUUUCCCAUCAACGGCGACACAACUGACACACGACNNAGUCAUCGUCAAGGCGUCAUCAGGCCCGCGCUAUGUCGUCGGAUGCAGGAGCAAGGUCGACAAGCUCAAGCUCAAGCAAGGAACCCGGGUCGCUCUCGACAUGACAACCCUCACAAUCAUGCGCAUGCUCCCGCGAGAGGUCGAUCCGCUCGUCUACAACAUGUCCCUCGAGGACCCUGGCCAAAUCAACUUUGCUGGUAUCGGUGGUUUGAACGAGCAGAUUAGAGAGUUGCGCGAGGUCAUCGAGCUGCCGCUUAAGAACCCAGAACUCUUCCUUAGAGUCGGCAUCAAGCCGCCAAAGGGUGUCUUGCUAUAUGGUCCUCCCGGUACCGGAAAGACCCUUCUAGCAAGAGCCGUCGCUAGCAGUCUGGAGACAAACUUCCUCAAGGGUGACUAUCCUCCACCACUCCUUCCUCUGACCACUACUAAUUUAAGCGUCCANGUCGUCUCGUCCGCCAUCGUUGACAAGUACAUUGGUGAAUCCGCCCGCCUCAUCCGCGAAAUGUUCGGCUACGCAAAGGAACACGAACCCUGCAUCAUCUUCAUGGACGAAAUCGAUGCCAUCGGUGGUCGCAGAUUCUCAGAAGGUACCUCUGCCGACAGAGAAAUUCAAAGAACUCUCAUGGAACUCCUCAACCAACUCGACGGUUUCGACUACCUGGGAAAGACAAAGAUCAUCAUGGCUACAAACAGACCCGACACUCUCGACCCUGCCUUGCUGCGUGCCGGACGUCUGGACAGAAAGAUUGAGAUUCCUCUGCCCAACGAGGUUGGCCGUAUGGAGAUUCUCAAGAUUCACGCCGAGGGUGUGCAAAAGGAGGGCGAAAUUGAUUACGAGAGCGUCGUCAAGAUGAGCGAUCAGCUCAACGCNGGUCUCUUCGCCAUCAAGGACUACCGUGACGCCAUCAACCAAGACGACUUCAACAAGGCUGUCCGCAAGGUUGCCGAGUCAAAGAAGCUCGAAGGCAAGCUCGAGUACCAGAAGCUGUAG